UCCAUCAAACCAAAAGCUGAAAAAACUUCCCUUCAGACUCCCAGUCUUUGUUUGAAGUUGUAAGGACCCCAACAAAAAAAGGAAAAAGAAAAGCUUCUUUAAUGGAAAUCGCUUCAGGCAAAUGGUUAUCUGAACUGGAAAUGGAGGACUCCACGUUUCUCCCACAAUACCAAAUGAUGAACCCCAUGGACUAUGCAUUUGACGAUCUCAAUUUCCAAUCUUUUUCUUCUGAGAGCUAUUCAUCUUAUCAAAAUAUCGACCAGAAAAUUAGCUCCCACAACAAUAUGAAUGGUUCAUGCAUUGGAGCUUCUCAUCAGGUCGACAACUUUCAAAGGCCAAUGAAACAACUCAAGACCAACAGCCCGAACUCUUGCAUCACAGAAAACAUCCCACCAAAGGCGUCUUCUUCCCCGUCUUCCCAUAUUAUAUCCUUCGACAACUGGAAUUCAUCACCAGCUAUUUCCCAGCAAUAUUAUGGUCUAGACUGUGCUGUGAAACCAAAAAAUGAGGUGGGUUAUGAUGGAAAUUAUAUUGAAUUUCCAUCUAAUUUGAUUCCUCAAAAUGCCUACAAGGACCAAUAUUGUUCACCUAAAUAUGGGCAGGUUUCAAAGAGGGUUGGUUCAUUGACUAGGACUCCAUUACAUGCUCAAGAUCAUGUAAUUGCUGAAAGAAAACGCCGUGAGAAGCUCAGCCAGAGGUUCAUAUCUCUUUCAGCACUUAUUCCUGGCCUCAAAAAGACGGACAAGGCUUCCGUUCUUGGAGACGCUAUCAAAUACUUGAAACAGCUUCAAGAACGAGUAACAACACUUGAGGAACAAGUCGCUAAGAAAACAAUGGAAUCUGUAAUCUUUGUGAGGAAAACCCAAAUUUUUGCAGAUGAUGAGACAUCUUCAUCUGAUGAGAACUUUGAUAGCCACUCUAACAAGCCACUCCCCGAAAUUGAAGCAAGAGUUGCAGACAAGGAUGUGCUCAUCAGAAUCCACUGCGAGAAAAACAAAGGGUGCAUACCAAACAUCAUAAACGAAGUCGAAAAGCUUCAUCUCUCUGUGCUCAAUACCAAUGUCUUGCCCUUUGGACAAGCUACUCAAGACAUAACCAUUGUUGCUAAGAUGGAAGCUGAGUUUUCAAUGACAGUGAAGGAUCUUGUGAAAAGCCUUCGAAUGGCUUUGCUCAAGUUCAUGUGAUGAAGUUGCAACACCAUGUUCACAUUGAGAAAAAAAGGAUUACCCAUUGACUUCCAUUGGAUAGGAAUAAACGCUAUAGAGUUAUUUAUCUUCUUUUUUUGUAUCAGUGAUGAUUUCUACAGUUUAUCUUUGUUUGUUCCUUCCUCAGACCUUAACGAGAGAAAAGUAGCCUGUAAAUUAUUCACUCAGUAACAAUGACCACCUGCCAUUAACAAAAGCUGGGAGGAACCAAUUUUGCAGUAAGGGAGUUUCUCCUGUGUUUAUUUUUGCGUGGUUGACUUGUUGACCAUGUUUAACUCCCCCAUGUGCUCUAUGUGGAUUCUCCUAGCUAGCUUGCAGAGGUUUUUGAGAGGAUUUGACUUUUCUACGUCGCCCCUUUCCCACUGAAAGCAGUAGCUCUUUUUCUCCAUUAAAGUUGGAGAUUUACAGGCAGUUUUUCUCUUAGGUUUGACAAUUUAGAGUUUUUAGGAACCUUUAGAUAAUUUGUUUAUCUUUAGGUCGUUGUGUAAACUCUCCUUGUAAUUUGCACCUUGUAGUCGAUGGAUUGAAUAACAGGUUUUUUUUUUUU